CGGACGGCAGCGAGUAAAACUACGAGGUCCAGAAUCCUUAGCGGCGACCGUGUGCGUGUGUGUGUGUGUGUGUGUGUCUCCUCCUACGGCUACAGUGAACGGGCAGGACGGAUUGGCGCUGUGUUUACGCUGAGAUGCUCACAACAAAGGACAGCGCACCGAGAGCCCGUCAUUUAAAACAGCCCGCCGUGGAUAUUUAGUCCUGCGGCGACCGUUUGUAACUCCACGAAGAGACGGACACAUAACACAGUUCCCUUAUUGGCGUCCAUUUUUCUCUACCUUUAUGUUUUUCGUUUUCUUUCUCUUUUGGUAAACCAGCCUAGAGGGGGAAAAAUCAAGACGAAAUUUCUUUUUUUAUUUAUUUAUUUUUUGUUUGUUUGUUUUUUUUUGUUUUUUGUGCCGGUGGAGCGUUAGCUAGCUUGCUAGCCUCGGCAAGUUGGGGAAGCCAAGGCAGCACCACACCACAGUCAGCCACACCGACCAGAGACAAUAAAAGGGCUUCAUCUAUUGCAUCGCAGGCAGGACAAGUGCUGCGAGAGACGGACACAUGAAGCCUGAGAGGGUGGAGCUGAGGCUCAGCUGACCCUUCCCCUUCCUUCUCCUCCUUUCCCCCGUGCUCCAUUCGAUCAGCACCUCCCCCCUCCCUUUCCCCCCUUUCCCCUUCCUGUCUCCCGUCACCCUGUUGGAUCUCACCCAUCUUGCAUCCCCUCCUCCUCCAAACCUCAAUCAGCCGUGCCCAAUGUACUCCCCGGAGCAGGAAAACAUCUCCACCACUGCCUCCACCAAAGUGCCAGUGAAGUAUGGAGAGCUCAUUGUGCUGGGGUACAAUGGCUCUCUGCCCAACGGGGACCGAGGCCGACGUAAAAGCCGUUUUGCACUUUGUAAGAGACCGAAGGCAAACGGGGUGAAACCCAGCACAGUUCAUGUUGCCUGCUCUCCACAGGCAGCCAAGGCCAUAAGCAACAAAGACCAGCACAGCAUCUCAUACACUCUGUCUCGAGCCCAGACGGUGGUGGUGGAGUACACCCAUGACAGCAAUACAGACAUGUUCCAGAUCGGUCGAUCGACAGAGAGUCCCAUUGACUUUGUAGUGACGGACACAGUUGCGGGCAGCCAGAGUAACGCAGACACCCAGUCGGUUCAGAGCACCAUCUCCCGCUUCGCCUGCCGCAUCAUGUGCCAGCGCACGCCGCCUUACACCGCACGCAUCUAUGCCGCGGGCUUCGAUUCCUCCAAGAACAUCUUCCUAGGGGAGAAAGCUGCUAAGUGGAAGACGUCUGACAGUCAAAUGGACGGGCUGACCACAAACGGCGUGCUGGUGAUGCACCCUCGAAACGGCUUCACCCAGGACUCCAAACCGGGGGUCUGGAGGGAGAUCUCGGUCUGCGGCAACGUCUUCACCCUGCGAGAAACACGCUCGGCACAGCAGCGGGGAAAGAUGGUGGAGACGGAGACUCAGGAGCUCGUCGACGGCUCUCUCAUCGACCUCUGUGGCGCGACCCUGCUGUGGCGCACUGCAGAAGGCCUGUCACGCACUCCCACCCUCAAACACCUGGAGGCGCUGCGGCAGGAGAUCAACGCGGCCCGCCCGCAGUGUCCGGUGGGCUUCAACACACUGGCCUUCCCCUCAAUGCGUCGCAAGGACACGCCGGACGAGAAGCAGCCGUGGGUCUACCUCCAGUGUGGCCACGUGCAUGGUUACCACAACUGGGGCAACCACCGCGAGGAGAGGGAGGGCCGGGAGGGCCGGCAAAGGGAGUGUCCCAUGUGCCGGGCCAAAGGGCCGUACGUGCCGCUGUGGCUGGGCUGCGAAGCGGGGUUUUACGUGGAUGCCGCCCCGCCCACUCACGCCUUUAACCCCUGCGGCCACGUUUGUUCAGAGAAGACGGCGGCCUUCUGGAGUCAGAUCCCACUGCCGCACGGCACCCACACCUUCCACGCCGCCUGCCCCUUCUGUGCCCAACAGCUUACUGGCGAGCAGGGCUACGUCAGACUCAUCUUCCAGGGACCCCUCGACUAGCACGGGCGACUUCUCAGCAUCCUGUGAGUGAGGCAGAGCGGGAGCUUUUCGUUCGGACGCUGACCCUGCAUUGAAAACGCAAACCUACCCAGAUUUCUUUUUUUUCCUCUGCAGUUAAGAUAAAAACUUUUUUCUGGACUUUUUGUCUCUUUCUCAUUUUUAAGUGACCUUUGUAUUGCUUUUUCAUGAAUAACAACAAAGAUUUCUAUAUUUUCAUGUGAAACCAGAGACACAAAAACCAAACAAAGAACACUGCUGGGUAAACUUUUUGUGUUUGAUUCUCGGAAAGAACUUUUAACAACAGUAUUUAUCUAAAUUACUAACAUACCGUAGUGCAAACAUACGGUUUUUAUUCAUGUUUAUUGUUGCAAUAUACAUCUGUGUACAUCUCUUAGAGCUAAUUUAAACAAAGAUGUUUAUUUAUGGCCCAGGAACCAUUGCUUCAUUCUUUAUCGGUCAGAUACGCUUAUCUUCAAUACUAUUUAGCAUUUUAAUUUGAGAAUACAGUAUAUUGUUAAUCAGAUAUAAGGUUCUAGGUGUGUUCUGAGGGUUCGUUCUGUGUCUUUCCCCCACGUUCACCUCUCAGAUCUGAUUGUCGUAUUUAUACACCCCGUCCUCUGGCGUGCUCUCACUUUGUGUGUUAACCCUUCAGUUAUACUUCUUUCAUUAGGCAUCACCAUGGCCUUCUCACAUUCAAAGCAAUAGAUUUGGACCCGAAACCUUCUAAAGCAUUAUGGGAAGCCGAGUCUUCUAGGCUUCUUUGUAAAACACUCAGACGGCCUGAACGACUGCUCCCUCCCUUUAAAGUCUGAGUGAAACGUUUCUGUGGGUGAGUGAUUUUUUUUUUUUUUUUUUUUUCCCCCUCUCUUCCUCUUCCUGAUCACAGGUUAGCCAUGAUACCGCAGCUAUGUAGCUAAUGUCGCACACCAGGCAGACACACACACACACACACACACACACACACACACAAUAACCAGACAUGACCAAAUACUCUCUAUUAUAUUAAAAGUGGAAAGGAACUUGCUCAACGAAACUCAUGGUACAAAAAUAAGAAUACAGAUUAAAAUGACAAAAAGUGCUGCAGCACCAGUGUGGACAGUCUGGUUUAUUCUGCUUCUCUGCUGUGAUGUUUGGGGCUUAACUGCACAGUUACAGCAACAAUAAUGACCAUUAUUCUGCCAGACACAGUAUUAUGAUCAUUAUUAAUCUCUGUUAAUUAUGCUCAGAUGUUGGCAUCUCACAGCAACAUCGUGACUGUUCUGAACCACAGACAAUGAAGUAAAAAUGUUGACUCUUGCCAGUAUUGUGAAAUGCCCCGUGUGAGUAGUAACGAUGUGUUUUAUUUUGAAAAGCCUAGAUUCACUGCACCAUUUCGGGGACGAUUUGAAACACUAGCCAAGAUUUGUUUAGCCGUACGUACAAGGAUGCAAAGGAGGAGUUGAGUCAUUUCAACAUCAAUUCAAUGUGCUUCUCUUUCUUUCACCUGAACUGUCACAGUGCAGGAAGCCCCAUCCAUCGGAUACAUCAAGCAAGCAGCUAAACACACUUAGGAAAAAGACAACUGUAGCUGUUUGACUCAGGUUUGACACACACGCGCACACACACAGGCUUCAAGUUCUGAAACUCUCUUUAUGGAUGUGUGUGUGUACUUAUCAGGGCUUUGUAUUAAUUUGUGCUUUCCAAACAGUGUGUUGAUGUUGUCCCCAAAGAGCGUUUUAGGGUUGACGAGCUCCACAAUGUGAGUACAAAAUAUCAGGACUGCCUAUUUUUUAUUUUAUUUUGUUGUGGACCUAAAACUAUGAUGAGAACUGAUGUGUUUCUAUAUGUGUUUUGUUUGUAUAUUGCAUUAUACAGAGAAGUGUCUCUCACCCCUCAUUGAUAUCAAUGGGGUGGACAAUAUAAUAGAAACACAUUAUAAUGUAACACAAUUCAACAGCACCGCAAACUGCGUUCUCCAAAACGAUCACACAGCUGAAUCAACACAAACUGGACAUUAUAACCUUCGUGAGGACUUAUUGCAGGACUGUUGAUUAAGACUGCAUUAGUUUUAGCUGGAGGUGUACCUAAUAAACUGCCAACUGAG